AUGGGCUUAAGAAGAGGUGGUGUUCAAGGUCGUGGAGGUCCUGGGAGAGGGGGCCUAGGGCAUGGAGCUAUGGGUCGUGGCGGAAUCGGUGGUAGAGGUCAGGGUAUGAUAGGUCGGGGAAGAGGGGGCUUUGGAGGCAGAGACCGAGGCCGUGGACGAGGGAGAGGUGCCCUUGCUCGCCCUGUAUUGACCAAGGAGCAGCUGGACAACCAAUUGGAUGCGUACAUGUCAAAAACGAAAGGACACCUGGAUGCUGAGUUGGAUGCCUACAUGGCUCAGACAGAUCCCGAAACCAAUGAUUGAAGCCUGCCCACCCUCCUGUGAGACUCUUGUUAAAGUCACACAUCUGUAAAUAACCUUGAGAUAACAGCUGAGAAGAAACCUGAUUGAUGCUGGAAGGACCUAUCAUAAUAGGCUGUGGACUGACUUGCCACCAGUUUGUGCAUUUAAUGUGU